GCCGACGAGUGGGUGGUUUUCUCACCCUCCAGUGCUGGCGGAACAACGACUACGGUAACCGGGACCCAUGCUCUGUCCCGGGCUAGCGACCUCCUGAGUGUCGGGUCGGUUCGUUCCCCGAGGGUGAUACGACAGGGGUAUUCCGGGGGUUUCACUGAUUUGGGGGAUGAGGUGGAAUUUGAAGAGGAGGAAGAGGAAGAGGAAGAGGGAUCGUAUGAAACCGAGACCGAUUCUUUGCAGCCCUUCCGGGAUUUUGGUAAUGAGGGGCCGGUCAUGCUCCCCAUGCACGACGGACUCGGGACGUUCCCGUCUUCGCCUGGGGUCAUCUCGGGUCUGAGAAGUUUGGAAGAGUCGUUGAAGAUUGUGGCAGCGGGGAAAGGCACAUCUAACGACAUCAAUACCAGAAUACAGAAAUGGCGGGAGGAUCAACGGCAGGCAUUACUAGAUGAGAUCCAGAGAGCUAGCCGGAGGAGGACCUCACUUUUCAGCGGUUCCAUACGGGGCGGUGACCUCGGGGAUGAGGAUGAGGAUGAAGCAACCAUGAACAUCAAAGGUCCAGAGACCGAAGUGAAAGAGGCCGAGAAGGGCACUUCUACCCCUACCCAGAGCAGCAGUGAUGCCGAGACGGUAGUAACUCAUUGCGGUGCGCACGAGGAAACGCUGUGGAGAAGAAUCACAAGGAGGUUCAUAAGGGAUAUCAUGGGCAUAGAUGAUGACCUGCUGCAGGUGAUUUUCGGGGAAGCACUACCGGAAGAAGCGACGGCUUCUUUUUUAGCGGAAGGCGGCCGACUGGGGUCGGAAGCGGAAGAGAGGCUGCUGAAUCGGAUAGCGAGGGAGCUUGGAGUUAUGGUCAAUCAAUAUACUCUCCACCCUGCGUCUGACGGGCGAGCGUUUAGCACCAUCGCAGGGAAGGUGAAGUCUCAAGAUGGAUUGCCCGACGUUAACGACGAUGGAGAUAAAACUCCACAACCGUUCCCACCUCCCCCCACCCAACAAUGUCAGCAAGAAGACCCCACCCCCAUUCCACAGCCCCGCUCCCGGUCGACAACCUCCACUUCCUCUAUCCCACACUACCAAUUCGCCACAGAACUUCCCCCUCCCCUCCAACAAUCCCCCCACCACCCAACACUUUGGGGCAUCGAGGAAUCCCUGCAGGAAGAGAAAGCCGCAAAGGUCGAAGCCGCCAAACGCAAGGAAUACUGGGAGCAAGAACUCGGCGUUCGUGUGUUCUUCUCUUUCCUAAAGUCCCGCUUUUCCUCCUCCUCCUCCUCCUCCCCCACUCCUGCAAAUACCGCCUCGGCCGAGUCUACUACGGGGAUUACACACCCGCUUAUUCCGGGGGCGAGGGUUGUCUACCAGUGCAAAAGGACGGUGGGGGGAGGAGGACUGCGCUCGGGGAGUACGUGUGCGAGUCAAUCGGGUGUGAGGAUGAUGACUGGAAAGCGUAGUAGUAGGAGUGGGGGAGUAGGAGGAGGAGGUUCUGGGAGUUCCAUGAGUAGAGGAAGGUUUUAUUGGGAUGUUGCUAGCAGUGUGGGUAGUGGUAGGAGUUCCUGUGUUGGAACAGGAGCUUGGGGGCCUGUA